GCACCCGGUGCGCGUCUCUCUCCCGCUGCGUCCCGCUGCCUGCGCGCGUGCGCGCGCCCCCCCGAGAGGGCCUGUACCGUCGACCGUCCAGUUCCGGUGAUCGCGAGGCCAAGGGUGCCCGUCGGAGUGUUCCGCCGUCCCGAGGAUGCCCGGUGAAUAUAGAUAGAGAUAUAGGAGAGAGAGAGAGAGCGCGGAUUUCGGCCAUCUUGGCCGCCGCGGACGCCGUGCCACUCGUCGCGAGCCAAUCACGCGGCCUCCCGCUUUCGGCCGCGGGACGCCCUUCUACCCCACCGACGCAACUCGUGCCUCUUGGACCUCUCUUAAGAUCACUCGAGAGAGGUGAAAUAAGGAGGGCGAGAUUCCACCGUGCAGCUGCAGCUGCGACCCCGCAGGAUACUUUUCUCGCUGACCUCGCAGUGAUGGGAUCAUUCGGUUAGCGAGGGGAACUAAUUUCGGUCACUUAGGAUCGAUAUCGAUCCAGAGAUCCUUCGAUCUAUCGAGUGCCGGGUCGUCAGAGGGCGCCAGAGUCGCGAGGCUUGGAUGUUGCACGAUACGGAAACACGCGGAGUUCUUUCCUCGCGAAAGUGGACCAGGGGCAUAUGGCCCUGGACUAUGGUACUACCUACAAUAUGCACCACACGAAUCAAUUAGAAGACGUGGGUUACAGAAGUGUCGAAAUCACGUCCGCGUUUACCCACCUUCCCCAGAAAGACAUGGCCAGGGACACCCCAGGCUCGCCGAUGUCGCGGCCGCGCGACCUGGCCACAGGUGGCGCCACCGCCACCCUCACUUCCGGUGCCUAUCACGCCGCCACCGGCGAUCCCACCACCCUUCAUGGUCACGCCCUCCAGCAGAAGAUACUCGAGCUACAGCAGCAUCAUCAGCUGCAACAGCAGAUCCUGCGACAGCAGUAUCAGGCCCAGGAACGUCAGCUCGCCGAGCUGCACGAACAGCAGAUGCAUCAGCUCAAGUUGUGGGAGCAGCAGAAACAGCUGGAGGAACAGAGACGGGAGAAGGAGAGGCUGGAGGCGCUUAGGAAAAAGGACAAACAUGACCACAGCGCCAUCGCUUCUACGGAGGUCAAACAACGCCUUCAGAGCUUUCUGGUGAACAAGAAGCAACGCGAGGCCGCCGCCGCAGCUAAUGGAGCAGUUCCGGGAGCGCAGGGAUACGGAAGCUGGCUACCGCCACAGUCGGAGACGACGAACACCACCAACGCCUCGCAUCCUUACAGGAUGCCCCAGAUGCUCCAGGAAAAAUUCAGCGACGAUUUCCCACUGAGGAAAACAGCCUCGGAGCCGAAUCUGCUGAAGGUGCGACUCAAGCAGCGCGUCAUGGAGAGGAACAUGGCCGCGUCCCGAAAUUCACCCCUAAUGGCUCGUCGGAAGGAUCGACUCCUGUCGCACCUCAAGCGGAGGUCACUCCUAGCAAAUUCUGGCAGCAAUCCGGAAUCCGGGCCUAAUUCUCCACCGGCUACGAACAACUCCCAGGCGAGUCCCACUGCUGGCAGCAACACGCCGAUCCAAGAGGAGGGAGAAAACGCACCCUAUGGAGGCCCAUUGACGAGCAGCAGUCAGCAGGGCAGUUUAUCCGAUCUAUCUCUGUUCAGUUCACCGUCCAUGCCCAACAUUUCUUUGGGUAGACCCCACGUGCCAUCCAGCUCGGCGAGCGGAACCAAGCUCGCGCCAGUUUCGGAGGCGGAGGUGCGAGCGGCGUUCACGGCUCGCCUUGGCAUGCCGUUGACGGGGCAAAUGCUGCCAGGAACAUUGCCGUUCUAUCCAUCCCUGACUGUGAUCGAGGGCGAGCCGACCUACAUCCACAAGCAGAUGCAGAACCUGGAGCAGCAGCCCAACCGGCAGCAUCCCCUGUACCACGGUGCGCCGAUCACGGACACACAAGUAGCUCACGCAAGACUGCAUAAGGCUGGUCACCGGCCUUUAGGUAGUAGAACGCAAUCGGCGCCUCUUCCUCUGGGUCACCCGAUGCUCCAGGGUGGGAUGAUGGCGCCCCCGACGCACUACGAAGAGUACCUGGCCGAGAAGCAGCUGCACGACCAGCAGCAGGCGCACAACUACCUUAAGCAGCAGAUCCGACAGACCGUGCUGACCAGGGUGGGCUCCCGGGGGAACCAGGCCAACCAACUGGAGGAGGCCCCGGAGAGCGAGGAGUCCGAGGUCAUCGACUUGACCGGGAAGAAGGACCUGCCGGAGGAGAGCGAGAUCUCCAAGCAACAGAGGGACCGGGAGCAGUUCCUGCAACAGCAGAGGGACCUCAUGAUGAGGCACACCCUCCAGAUAAACGAUUCCUCGACCUACGCAUCCGGGAGGAGUUCCCAUUCGGCGAGGCCCCUCUCCAGGGCGCUGUCCAGCCCCCUUGUGCACUUAGGUCCUCAGGGCGCCGGUGGGGACGUUUUCGCGAGGGGGUCGCCGCAUCGACCGACAACCGGCCUGGCCUACGAUCCUCUGAUGCUGAAGCACGCCUGCGUUUGCGGCGAAACCGUCAGGGGACACCCUGAACAUGGCGGCAGGCUGCAGAGUGUCUGGGCAAGGCUUUCGGAAACUGGGCUUCUGCAACGCUGCGACCGAGUUAGGUCCAGGAAGGCAACUCUCGAGGAGAUCCAGACAUGCCACUCUGAAGCGCACGCAUUACUUUUUGGUACAAAUCCUUUGAAUAGGCAGAAGCUGGACAUGUCGAAGUUGUCGCAGCUGCCCAUCAAGAGCUUCGUCCGGCUGCCCUGCGGUGGAGUCGGGGUGGACUCCGACACGACCUGGAACGAAUUGCACACGGCACCAGCGGCCAGGAUGGCAGUGGGCUGCGUGGUGGACCUCGCCUUCAAAGCCGCGAUGGGCGACAUCAGGAACGGUUUCGCCGUGGUCAGACCACCUGGCCACCACGCCGAGACCAACCAAGCGAUGGGUUUCUGCUUCUUCAAUUCCGUGGCCAUCGCCGCCAAGCUUCUUCAGCAGAAACUCGACACCAGGAAGAUACUGAUCCUCGACUGGGACGUUCACCAUGGAAAUGGCACCCAGCAAAUGUUCUACGACGACCCGCGUGUCCUGUACCUGUCGAUCCACAGGCACGACGAGGGCAACUUCUUCCCGGGAACCGGAGGACCAACCGAAUGUGGAGCUGGUGAGGGUUUAGGGUACAACGUGAACGUCGCCUGGUCGGGAGGACUGAAUCCCCCCAUGGGUGAUGCCGAAUACCUGGCGGCUUUCCGCACAAUCGUCAUGCCCAUCGCUAAGGAGUUCGACCCUGACGUGGUGAUCGUUUCCGCGGGGUUCGACGCGGCCAUCGGACACCCUGCUCCCCUCGGUGGCUACAAAGUCAGUCCUGCUUGCUUCGGCAGGAUGACCCAGGAGCUGCUCGCCCUGGCCGAUGGCAAAGUCGUCCUGGCUCUGGAGGGCGGCUACGAUUUGGCUGCGAUUUGCGACUCCGCUCAGGAAUGCGUCAGGGCCCUCCUCGGGGAUGAACCCACUCCCCUCAGGGAGGAGGAGCUCACCAGGUCGCCCUGCCAAAACGCCAUAGACACCCUCCAGAAAACCAUCGCCAUUCAGAUGUCACACUGGCCUUGCGUUAAGUUGGCCGCACACACGGUGGCUAUGAGCGCGAUUGAAGCGAGUCAGAAGGAACACGACGAGACGGAAACCGUCUCGGCAAUGGCGUCCUUGUCUAUGCAGCAGCCUACGAAUCUCACGACCACGCCCGAACAUUCCCGCGAAGUUUCCGAGGAGCCGAUGGAGCAGGACGAGGCGAAAUGAAGGUAAUCCCUCGAGAUGGACCACGGUUAAUAAUCUCAUUUCCAUCGGCUCAUCCAAGAUGGCCGAUGCAGUCCCCAAGGGGUCCGGCGAGGUGGCCCUCCUCUUCGGGAAGUUCAGGGUCCGCGUGGCAGAGAAGGAAGCCCUCGAUUGCUCCAGCCACGGUUUCGAUUACUUCAAUCGAGAUGCCGACGCGUCCCUGAAGAUGAUGUGGAAGGUUGGAAGGUCCAGCCGGCGUGGCCAGGAUCUGCCCUGGAAGACUCCCUGGGUGCUGAGAGGGUUGCUCUUCAGGGCGACGAGAAAAAUAGGGAGAGGCGCGUAACGAGGGAAUCAUUGUGAGAGGGGAAGAUGUUCUCAAUUGUUGUUUAUUGUCGUUCUAUAUUUAUUGUUGGCCAGUCUGUAAGGGGCUAUAGUGUUCUCUCCUCCGUUCACCGCUCUCCUGAAAGGACGCGUUUUGUUGAGUCGUCGACCAGCAGGGUUGGCACGGAACAACGGGAACGUCUUGGUGGUUUCCUCCGGGAUAUUUCCUCGCCAUUCAUUCCUCGAAGAAAAGAGGAGACGAAGACGAGAAGAACGAACCCCCACCAACGGGUGGAGGCUUUUUAAACCCUGGACCGCAGUUGCGAAUCCGGGAAGUCUGGCUCACUCUUCCUCGUUGUGUCAAAGAUGGCGGCGCUGACGCUGCCGGUAGAUGUAUCAGAAAUGUAUUUAGCCGCACGAAAAGGAAAGCACGUGGAUCUUAAAACCCGACUCCAUGCCAGCCCUGCCGGAAUAGGAAAGACAUCCUGUUCUUUCGCCCUAGACGGGGGUUUCAGUUUUCUGCCUUUGGGGCAGAACUCGGGAAAUAAGUGUCUUACUGGAGGACAACGAAAUACCCCCAAAGUCGCAGGGAAAGAAGCGCGUCUCGCGAUUAAUAUCCCCUAAGACCUCUUCGGGGUCCUUGCCAACAGGAAGUAGCUGAAACGAUCGGCGAGGAAGAGGACUUUUGACUCGAUAAAAGACAGUAGGCUCUAGAAUUUCUCCGGGAAUUUCUUUCGCGUCGUGCUGGCCACUGGCGCUUUUAACCCCGCUCUCUUUUUCUCUCUCUCUCUCUCCCUCCCCGUCUCUCCGUUCCCACUUCUCCCUCUCUCUUUCGCGAGCUCCCGUUUCCUCUGCCUCUCUUUUCUCACCGGAAAUGCGGGGGAUAGCGCUCUUGCACUCCAUACAUUUCAGCUCGCUUUGUAAAAGAGUUUUCCACCUUCUCUUUCAUCGCCAGAGCUCGAGUAAUUGCCAUUUCCUAAUGUAAUAUGACCCGCAGCUCAAAGCGAGGCGAGAGGAAGAAACCGAGAGCUAAAUGCAGAGAGAGAGAGAGGGAGAGAGGAGAAGGGAGGAACUUUAGCAUUAAUGUGAGAAAUUAGGGAAGGUUAAGGUAAAGGAGAACCGAUGGGCUCUUCAUCCGCUAAGGCUUGCUCGUUUUCAGGCGACUUUUCGUUUUCUGCUGCGAACAAAGGCUGGUGCGAUUUUUGUGAUAUUUUGUAAAGUUUUAAUUAAAUAUACUAAAGUUUAAUUAACCCGAGGGAGGGAGAGACGCGCGAGAGACGGAGAGGGCGGGGGUUCGUCGGGGAGAAAGAAAGAAAAUGAUAUAAUCGAGAAGAUACAAGCAUUUAUUUUUGUGUCAUGCAUUUUACGAGAAAGUUGAAAAAUGAUAUAUAUAUGAAAAAUUUAUUAUUGAACGAAGUAAAGAUACUAUAUAUAUAUUAUAUAUAUAUAUAUAUAUAUGAUUAUGGAUAUAGAUUUUGACAUACAGAUAAAAGGAGUAUAUAUAUAUUAUAUAUAUACGUAUAUCAAAGUAUGUAUAUUGUAUAGCGUAUAUAUGUAUAUGUCACUGCGUAAGAUAAGGAUUAUUAAUGCGUUCCGUCGCGAGAAUCUCAGUGUUAAGUGUUGCCCAGGAAAAUCGUGGAACGGCCGGUUAGCUUUUCGUUUCUCUUCUCUUCUUUUUGUCGAUCCUAAUGACGAUCGAGUCGAUUCGCUGUUUCGUGUGCGUGCCCAGCCUGCGUGUAGGUGUGGACGAGAGUGCGACGAUGUCCGCAUGUGUAGGUGCGAUUUUGCAAACAUUCGUGGUGAUUAUUACUAAUAAGGUGGAACGCUCCUUGUCUAAAUGUAACGUCGAUUGGAUCUGGAGGAUUUUUCGUAGAUUAGCGCGUCGCGUUUUGCGAACGAGCUCUUACAUGUACGUAUAUUGGAUAUUCGAACGAAAUAGGUAAAAGAAAGGAACGAAAGAGAACCAGGGAGGCACAGGUCAAUUAAUAGUCCCAGGGAAGAGAGAUAUGCAGAUUUAUUUCCACGGUCGGUUUCAUUUUUGGGAUAUUUAUCGAUGCCUUUGGGGCAUUCAUCGGCUUGUUACGGCGGAGACGCCAUUUUGGUUCCAGCGGCGCUUUUUCUCGGAUUCGUUCGCAAAGCGCGACCUUUAGGCUGUACUUCGUAGUCGUGGAACUCGGGGGGAGACGGUGUCGUUGUUUUGUCGUGUUCGAUUUGAUUGUUGCGGCAGUUAGUGGCGAGAAGAGAGAGGAAGGGAGAGGUGAGUCGGGAUUCUCCUCCUUCGGCCUAGGAGAUGGAGGUCGAGUCGGUGAGCGCCGGGAGACAUCAAUGCCCUCCCAGCCUGCACAGGCGAUGCCGUAUCUGCAGGGGAGCCAUUCAUGUCCGCUAUUGUACCUAGAGUGUAUGGACCCAUGUAUGCGGAUUUGAAAACAGCAAGAGGUGAAAGGGGCUGUUUUCUUACGCCUUUUCUACCUUUUUAGGUCACAGUUGAUAGGGGCUAUUCACUUUGAAAUCUGUGAAUACGAUUUCCCUCUUUGAGAGCCGAUUGCCUUUGAUUUCAUACGAUAGACAAUGCGAUUUGGUAACAUGUGACGCUCGGCCUUAAUAAUUGUCACUGUGGUUUUGGGGAUUGCCAAUUGUCAGGGACUUCUGCUUGCGAUUUUCACCUGAUUUCCCACGUGAUUUCGAGAGUUAAAAUACAUGAUUUCCUGAGCGAACACCCCCUCGGACAGUUGUGUGGCACAAUAAGGCGGCAAAUGGCAAAAGAGGGAAAAGACAGCCCCCCAUUGUUUUUCCUCUUUCUGUUGCCUUCUAAGUUAGAAUCUUGGGCGUAGGAUACAUAUACCUUGAUACUUGAUCAGACUAUAAAGACAACGCUAAAAAAGAGAGCCUUUAAUAUUAGAUCCAUGGACAUAGGAUAUAUAUACCUUGAAUCUUGAUCAGACUAUGAAGGCAAUACUAAAAGAAGAGAACAGAGAGGCUAUAUUCUUAUAAUUUCCCUCUUUUUAGGUAUAAUAGGUCCACGGUGCCAUACGAUGAUAUAGCCUAACAGUAAGAGUGAAAAAGAGAGACUAUAGCCUGUCGCUCGCUCUAUCCUUUUCGCUAUCUUCGGAAGAAUAUCAAGAAUAGCAAUUACUGGGUCCAUACGUUCUACGUUUCGCCGGCUCUUGUAUAGAGGUUUAAAUGAAGCGGCUAGGAACUUUUGACAUUCCGGUAUCAUUCGUAAUCGAGAGAAAAAAAAAAGAGAGAGGAAGAGAGAGAGAGAGAGAGAGCAAGCGCUGAUACAAAUUACGCGUUAAGGGAUAAGCCUACAGCUGGAUGUUGAGUAUAAGGGACAACACGAGUCUACUAUUGUAAUGUUACAUGUACACACGAGACGUUCUACUACUAUUACUUACGGUCACUGUAAUAGCCAUACUUUUUUUAUGUAUAUAAAUGUACCUCCUAAAUUAAUUUUAAAUAAAAUUAUAGUCAUUGUGUUAAAUCAUUCCGUACACGUGCAGUCUUGGGUGAGAUAACGCGUAACGAUAACACCGAUUAAGAUUCCAUUGUCAACUCUCUGCUGCUCUCCGCUUUGACCGACAGUUCCUUCAAGGUAAGUUACCUGUAUUACGCUGUAAAAGUGAUGACGCAUUUCGUUGCGAAAAUCUGCGAGGAAAAUGCGCCAUUACUUUUCCGACGACCCAACAGAAUGUAGACCUAAGGGGCAGGGAAAGUGGCAAUCAUGAAACUUGUCUCUGAACUCACCAUGCCGAAUAGUAUCAAACUUGUAUAAAACGUGAUAUAUAGAAAAUAGUAUAACGUAAAACAUGAUAUAUAGAAAAUAGUAUAACGUAAAACGUGAUAUAUAGAAACUAGUAUAAUGUAAAACGUGAUAUAUAGAAAACAGUAUAAAACGCGAACGUGGAGGCUAUGAGGAAGGUCCUGACACUGAUGAGAAUUCAUUUGUUCAUAACAAAUGUUGUAAAUAUUGACAUUAGAUGACUUUCAGGACCUUCCUUAUACCCUCCAUAAUUAUAUUGUAAAGUUUAUGCCGAUUUGGUACAUCCUAGUUUGAGGAAAAGUUUCAUGAACGGGAACUCUGACGCCACUAUCGCAUCACCUUAAUGCAAGACUUGACAUCUUUUCCAACAUGUAGACUUAAUCUAGACUUACAAAGAAGGUAUCCCAGGUCGAUCUCUCCGAUUUCAUUUCUUUUAUAACAUGUUAUAAUAGA